GGAAGAGAUUAAAAGCGCCCCCCGAGUUCCCCAACUUUGAGAAGUAACUUCUGUCCUGUGGGUCAUCUCCCUGAAGGAGGUGUAGGGGUGUGCAGCCCUCCCUGGCGAGGGCUGCAAAGUGCUAAACUACUUUAGAGGCGGCAGGGCGCGCACGGGUGAGGCGGCCCCGCCGCGGACUCGGGGCAGCCCAGCCACGCCAUCUGUCAGGACUGUGCCCAGGGCAGCUCCUUCUCCCAGGAGGAAGCUUUGAAGACGGCUUUUCAAAAUCACCGCCGCGCUUCCUCCACUCCUUCCUUAAAGGCUCACGGCCGGGAGGGCGCGGCGUCAGCUUCUUCCCACCACCCCAGACCACUGACCCCGGGGAAACUUGUAAAAAUUCGGGGCAGGAGCGCAGCCCAAGGACGCGCAGCUCAGCGGCGGGACCCCUAGCCGUGUCGGGACCAUGUCUGCGGAGACCGCGAGCGGCCCCACUGAGGACCAGGUGGAGAUCCUGGAGUACAACUUCAACAAGGUCAACAAGCACCCGGACCCCACCACGCUGUGUCUGAUCGCGGCCGAGGCCGGCCUUUCCGAGGAGGAGACCCAGAAAUGGUUCAAGCAGCGCCUGGCCCAGUGGCGGCUGUCAGAAGGCCUACCCUCAGAGUGCAGAUCCGUCACAGACUGAGGAGAUGGUGGUCAUUGGCGGCUUCCCUCCAUGAAGACCAUCUGCUGUUUCUCUCCUCAACUUAAUCAAGCUCUUUUGGUUUUUCAGUGUAGUGUCAUAUGCUCCUCUGUUAGCUGUCCUCCUAUUUAACACAACGUUGUAUUUUUUUUUUAAUGUAUAUAACUAGAAAAGAAAAUAACAAUAGGAAGCUAUGGGCAGCUUCUGUGUAAAGCAGUGGCUUGGCUGGAAGUGGUGUGGCUUGCAUUUCCUUUGGGUCAUGAUGACAGAUGGUGUGAAAACCAUCUAAGUUUUCUUUUUGACCAUCACCUCCCAGUAACAAUUUACUUUCACCAUCCAUUUCAGAGCAGACAAGGCCUCUGUUGAGAAGGUAACAUGACCAAGAGGGAGAAACAUUUCCUUCUAAUUCUACUUCCCUAAGUCAUUUUCCUUGUGUUUCAUUUAAUACACUGAGAUUGAGUGAGAAUACAGAGUGAAUUUGAGUUAUUCAGAUUCCAUAAAGCAGUUCCUUGGAUUAUAGCUGAAUUAACUUGGAAAGCACUCAGGCUGGAAGACAGAAACUUCCACUGGCAGAAAAUCAAGUAACUAAGGAAAAAAAUCCAUAGAAGUCUUGAAUUUACCUUAUUUAAAUGCAUUUGUUAAAUUCAUUUUGCUAAACAAAAUGAACGGUGUUUUGUCUCUAAAAUGAUUUUCUAAAUAAAACCUUAACAUUUUGUUGAAAAUGCAUUGAGUCCUCUGCAGAUUUUUAACUGAAUAAUAAGCAUAUCAAAGAAAGACAGAAUAGCUCAACAUAGAAGCCGCCUGACAAAAAAGCUGUCAUUUUCUAAAUCCUUGCUACUCAGAGUCGUCCAGCACUGGCGUCAUCAGCAUUAGCUGCAAGCUUGCGAGAAGUGCAGAAUCUCAGACUCCAAUCCAGACCUACUGAAUCAGAAUCUGCAUUUUCAACAAGCUCUCCAGGUGGUGUCUAUGCACAUGAAAGCCUGAUCAGCACUGCUCUAAAGGACUCUACAGUGGAUUUGCAUCCACUUUCUGUCAGAGCACAUUAAACAUCUUAGCAGUCCAUUAGUUAAGAUUGCGUUUGAUUGCAUGAAGCAGUAACUUGAUUACAAUGGAUUAACCAAAUAGGCUUUUUGUAUGUUUGUUUAAUUGAUUAGUUAUUUUUACAUAAGAAAUCAGCAGGUAGGUUGCUCCCUAAGAUUGCCAAGAACUUGCAGACAUUUUAUCUUCCUACUUUCCUAUCUUUAGCAUGUGGCUCUUGUGUUUAUGGAGACAAGAUGGAUGCAUUUCAAGUAAAAAAGGAAAAAACAAAGGGAAAUGUCAGCUAAGACUUUUCCCUGUAAAAAAGGUUCCUGGAGGCCCCCAUCUAGGGACUUCUCCCUACAUGUCACUGGCCAGAACUGGGUCACAUGGCUACUCCCAACUGCAAGGGAGUUGGGAAGGUGAGCCUUUUUAAUUGGACAUAGUACUGCCUUGAGAAAAAUUAGGGUU